AUGCCGACAGCCAAAUCUUGUGCUAAUGGCUGCGAGCGCCACGGCACGUGCAACCUGCUGACGGGCCGCUGCGACUGCCCACUCACUCGCACUGGCGUGGCCUGUGAGCAGCUGACGCUUCCCGCGUGCGCCAUCGAUGGAGAGCCGCUCCACCCAACGUUCAUCACGAACGGCUGGAUCAAGCGGCUCCAGCGCAACACCGGCUGGCUGGCGCCUCUGACGUGCGCCUGCCUCGAGCAGAUGGUAGCAAUGCGCCAUCUCCUCUUCUUCGAAGACCCGUACCGCGGCUCCGCCCUCGUCGAGGCGGUGUGCGCACUGCUUCCUGCCAGCGGCGACGGCGACCAGAGCGUCGGCGCGCUGCUUGCCGCACCACGCGAGGCCAACUGGACCCGCGUGGGGAUACGGCUGCUCGCCAACUCACCCAUCUGCACUGCCACGCAGCAGCCACCCGUCGGCGGAUCCUGGUUCGGCGUUGUGCAUGGCAACCUGCCUCUGAAGAUGGCGCACGCUGCACAGCGCACCCCCUGCUCUGCCGCCGGGGCGCCGGCACAGUGGCUCGCCGCGGCGCAGCGCAGCCAGAAAGCCGGCACGUCGCGCAGGAAGACGAUCCCUGAGCCGCCCCAAGCGGACCAGCUCCUCCCUCUCUCGGAGUGCCCGCAACGCUGCGGGCUGCGUGGCGUCUGCGUCCGCCGGCCGUCGGCCGUGGCGGGCGCGCACAAGCGCUCGCACGCGCUCUGCGAGUGCCUCGCUCCAGCCAGGCGCAGCGGCGGUGGGAGCUGCAUGAUGCCGCGCCUGCCUCUGCCCGCUGCUGGCCCGCGGCGCUCGUACGAGGAGCAGUGCCCGGGCCGGUGCAACGGCCGCGGAGCUUGCGACGGCGAGGGCUUCUGCCGUUGCGAGCCCGGAUGGUGGGGCCUCGAUUGCGCCAUCACCAUGAGUGGAGGUGGGCCUCCCUCCAUCGAGCUGUCAGAUAGAGAGAAGCGUCGAGCAGCCGCCGGAGCUGCCGGCCAGGCGCGGGGCGCCCAUAGGCUGCCGGUGAGCGUCUACGUGUACGAUCUGCCGCCGCUGCUGCGGGCUGGCGAGACCUCCUUCGAGUCGUGGUUCGAUUUCGAGCUCUCGCUACAGAUGCUACGCCACCCGCUCCGCGCCGCUGACCCCGCUGCUGCCGAUUUUUUCUGGCUGAUGGGCCCCAGCUCCGGGGCGCAGCUCGUCGAUAAGCUCCACUGGGCGCGCCAGAUGUACCCGGCGUGGAAUGCGUCCGUGUCGCGUGGCGAGGCGCGCCACUUGGCGAUGCUCCUCUCAGAGCGCGGGCCGGGCGAUCUCACCCACAACGGGCUUGCCGACGCGCGGACGCCGCGCGGCGAGGUUGCGGAGCGGUGUGUCAACUGCUUCCACGUGGGCAAGGACAUCGUCCUCCCCUUCACGCCAUCCACCAUCGACGUGCCGUCUUGCGAGGAUCUGCGCAAUUGGUCAGUCUGGUCCCCCACGCGCGGCUCGCGUUCCACGGGCGACGCAGACCGCUCCGCAGGCCGCGAGCACCUCUUCUUUUUCGGCGGUCGCAUUCACCCCUCGCUCGAGCACGCGCGCUUCCUCUCAUACUACGACGGCCCGGGCUCGCCGCACGUGCGGGCCGACAUCCUCAGGCUCAAGGGCGAGCCGGGCUUCUUCAUCCACAACUCGUUCCUCCCGCCGCCCCGCAUGCGGAAGGCGCUCGGCACAAAGGCCAAGCCGGCUCCGCGCGUGAGUCACCUCGAGAUGGAGCGGCACGCCUCCUUCUGCUGGGUCCCUCCAGGCCAGCGCUACGGCGAUGCCCGCCGGCAUGUCCCGUCCUCAUUCCUCGGGUGCGUGCCUGUCUUCACGAUGCCCGAGAGUGGCGGUCGGACAUACGACGAGCUCAUCCGGUGGGACGACGUGUCGCUCGACGGCCUCGGUUGCGUCUGGCGCCGCCUCUGGUUCUCGUCCAUCUACGGCGCGUGCCUGGGCGAGGACCCUGCGGAGGACGCCUUCGAUGCGCUGCUGCAGGUGCUUGCGCGGCGCGCGCGCCGCUGGCGCGUGCCACCGCCAGGCGCGCUCCCUGUGGCUGCGCCGCAGCGUGAUUAUGCGGCGCCGUUUGGGAACUUUGAGUUACCGGGAACAAAAUAG